UCCCUGCCGUGCCGCCGGCGCUGUCCGUUCAGCACCGCGCACCGGGGCCAGGCUGAGCCUGAACCGGGCCAGAACCGUGCGGGCCGAGUCGGUCGGGGCGGGGAGGCUGAUCCCGGCCCCCCCCUCCCCCUUUCCGGCCGCUUCCGGGUUCCUGUCGUCGUCGUUCCCCCCCCGCCCCCGGCGGCCCCCGUCCCGGCGGCCCGGCUCGGCUCGGCUCGGCUCAGCGCAGCUCCCGGCGGCGGGAGGUGCCCAGGAUGCCCGAGGAGCGCGGCCCUGUCCCACCAUGUCAGUCUCCAAGCUGCAGGACGUGGAUGAGGUUUUUGACCUUGCCGCUGUGGUUCCAGAGACGCCGCGGCUGGACAGCAGCCUGCAGAAGGCUCGCGCCCGGCUGCUAGCCAAGGGCCGCCGCCAGCGCCCGUCCCGCUCCCGCCUGCGCGACAGUGCCAGCUCCACCGAGGGCGACGAGGGCACGGAGCCCACGGAGGGGCUGGUGGGCACCCCCUCGCCCAAAUCCUGCCACAGCUCUGACAGCUCUCCUGGCUUUGCCCGCCGAGAUGCCCGGCCCCAGAGGCACAGCGAAGACGACAGCCGGGACAUGAGCCCCCCCGAGCUGGCCAGCCCCACCCUGGCGCUCGACAAGAAAACCAGGAGGAAGUUCCUGGAUUUGGGGGUGACCCUGCGCCGGGCAUCCUCCGGCAAGAGCCGCAAGGAGAAGGGCAGCAAUCGCCUGUCGAUGGGCAGCAGGGAGGCAGUGGAGGGGUCCGGCCGGCCCUCGGGGUCGCCCUUCCUGCCCUUCUCCUCCUGGUUCUCGGAUGGUGCCAGGGGCUUGGCAUCCCCUGGCUCUGCCUCACCCGCGGGGUCCCCCCGGCACGAGGGGCUCAGCCCCAACAAAUCUGCCUCCCAGGACUCGACGCUGAGCGAGGACUCUCCGCCGCCCAGCGCCAGCCCGCGCCUGCCCGGCCCCACCAAGUGCUCCUACCCCUACCACACCCUCUCCCAGUCCUCAGACGAGUUCCUGGACGAGCCGCCGGGGGUGGCCGCGGGCUGGACGUGCCAGCAGGUGGGGCAGUGGCUGGAGAGCCUCAGCCUGGAGCAGUAUGUGGAGGAGUUCUCAGCCCACAGCAUCGACGGCCCACGGCUGCUGCACCUCGACGGAGCCAAGCUCAAGGCGCUGGGGGUGGGCAGCUCCCAGGACCGCGCAGUGCUGAAGAGGAAGCUGAAGGAGCUGAGCCUGGCGGUGGAGAAGGAGCGCAAGGCGCAGGAGAAGGCAGAGAAGCAGAGGGAGAAGCAGAAGAAGAAGGACCAGGAGCAGCGAAGGAGCUAAAAGAGAGGGGGCUGGGAGCGCCCCUGCACCCCCCCGGGCCCCAGCCCGGGGACGCCCCCAGGGGGACGCCUGGCUGCGGCGUGGGAUAUGCCACCGCAGCCAGGGGAGGAUGGUGCCAGGCUGAGACGGGCACAGAGCGAGGAGUGCCCUCCCCACACCCCCCCCUUCCAGUCACCCCCCUCCUGCCUGCCCCCCUGCACCCCACGGGCACAGUCUGGGCCCCCCCACGGGCCCCUUCUCCGGAUGCAAGUGACACGUUGGACCCCACUCUCACCCCCCACUCCCAUCCCAUCACCCCCCCCCCCAAACUCCAAAGGGUCUGGGGGAUCAGAGCCUCUCACCCCAGCCCCCAGCACUGGCCAAGCACUGUGCAUGGCCUGACCCCCCCCCCCGCCAAGCUGGGGUGUGGGGAGGGAAUUCUGACCCCCCCUCUUCCCACCCCCCAGCCCCAAACCGGUGCCUGGGGACACUCCAGGAAAUAAAAGGGAGCCAAGGGCCAGUGCAAA